CAGAACUGUUUAGAAAGAAAAGGAAAAGGAAACAAGGCUCAGACACAAAGACAGGGAGGAAGGAAAGGAAAGGGAAGGAAAUGUUCUUCUUCUUUGCAGGAGGAGUAGAGCAACAGGUCAGGCAGGUGCUGAAAUAUGGUGCGGGCAGGUGCAUAGCGUGCCGAUCGCCGGCUGAUCUGGUGGAGUACGAGAAGGUCCUGAAGCUAUUCUUCGUUCCGGUGUGGAGGUGGCGGGGGAAAGAGCCCGUGAUGCACUGCAACAACUGCAACCUCUUCUUCCCUCGCUCCUACUCUCUACCGCCGCCACCGCCACUGACCGCCGAUUCGGUCUCGGCCGUCUUGCGGUGCCGUUCGUGUGACCAGGCGGUGGAGCCCGAUUUCAGAUUCUGCCCCUUUUGUGGCUCUGCUCUGUGAGCGUUGUUUUCUCUUUUUUUGGGUUCUCUUUGGCAUUGUGUCAGAUGGUUGUCGUGUAUAGGCGAACACUUGAGGGUUUUGGGUUUUUGCGUGGGGUUGUAAUUCGUGAAAUGGGUUUGUAAAAAUUAUGAUCUUUUAUAAAUAGUUGUGUUAAUCUCUUUGUUAUAGCCUGAUUUCAAAGAGAGUAAUUGGUGGCGAACUUUUCUCUGUAAUUUCGUGAGAUGGGGUUGUUUGUCUGAUGCAACUAUAAUAAGAAUUAAGAGGCAAGUUCAAUACCCA